CACCCUGUAUUUCAUUGUUUGAACAGAGACUUGUUCCUUGAUAGUAUUAUUAUACAGGACAAAGUUUAAACAUAAAGUAAGGGGAAUAGCGAGUAUACUUCAAAUGUAACUAAAAUUACUACACCUAAGUUCAAUUAAUUAACCUUACCAUGUAACAAAAUCAUAGAUUCGUAGUUUAACAUCAACUCAAAAGAAAACAGAAAAUACCGGGUUUUAUCUCAUUUCUGACAGUAGAGAUUUCAAAGAGGUGUUAAAUAUAUCUGUGUGGUGGAUUAGUCAUUAGACAAUUGAAGUUAUCGCAAAUAGCGUAAAUAGGCGACUUUUGCAUCAAAUUAGUGUGACAUGUAGACAAAUGAAACGUUGAUGCGCGCCUCGCCGAUAAUCGUGGAACCUUAAACCAUUGUUUAAAUACUUUUAAACAAUAUGCUUAAACCUAAUUUGCUCUAUGAGUGCGUUACACAUUUCAUUUAAUGUACUUAUCUAUCUAUUAUGUAUAUAUCUACAUUAAUCAAAUCAGUAAAUUUUUUGAAUAUCGGAAAUUGUUGAAUUAAAAAAUCUCAGAACCUCUGCAAGCUGUAUUUCAAAAAAGGAAUUCUAAAAUUCUAUUGGAAAUAAGAAAUUCAAAAGGUUGAAUCAAAUAACCUGGACAGCUUGACACUUUUGUCGUUAGUAACCGGGUAUUGAUCAAUCAAAGAUGAAUCUGAUGACCGAAGACGACACAUCGCACCAAGUGGAACCUGCUAGAAGAACAUUUCUAAAUGUAUUAGUAGACAAUUUCAAAGAGGCUGGACGGAAAAACUACGUGCAUCGACUAAUUUAUAUUGGCGAUCACACCCUCUCAGCUGAGAAGGGAUCCUCUAUCGGCGACAUUAUGCAAUCUACUAUUAAUAUGGUAAAUAAUGAGUACAACGACGAGCACUUAAGCGGAAUACUGUUGCAUUACCCUAAAUAUUUCUGUCAUAUGCUGGAGGGAUCGGAAGACAGCAUAAUAAAGCACUUGAUCUUGCUCAAGGAAAAUGUGGAGUAUCGGACACAUUGCUCCAGAUUGAAGAUGUUGAUAUGUUAUCACCAUAUUAAUCAGAGGUUUCUUAAUGAAUGGGUGGCCGUCACUGGGAAGCCCCCAACUUUAUUAGAGCGAUUAGAUGCUGACAGUAUGGAUAUCGGUCGAAGUUAUAAAUACGUUUAUAAUUGCGUGCAGAAGAUGUACAAGCUUGCAGCUUGCCAGAGAAAUGACGGGUUCUUCGAGAUGGAUUGUCUGCCAGAAUUUGGCUUGAUAGAGUUUUUAUUGUCUUCACCUCAUACAAUGAGUUUAGAUCAGUACAUUGAUCUGUACGGAGUCAUUCCAGUUGAAGAUGCUUAUACGGAGUUGACAUGGCCUGUACCGUCUGAAUUUAUUCCAUUCCACAUUUUUGAUCAACCGUACGAUCCAGUGACGGACUUACCUAACACUAUGGUACAUCAAGAAGCAACAGAACCUAUCGUUGAAUAGUAAAUGAAUUGUGAUUUAUUAAUGAGAAUAGCAACUUAUAAGCCCAUAAAUUGACACAAAUUAUAAUAUUUUCGUUUUUUCUUC